UUAAAUUCAAACAAUACUUAUGAAGUGCCACCAGACAUCCAUCAUGUUGUAAUUUCUCGUGCUGAUUUUGGCAUCUACAUGGCAAUAAAAAUCUACGUAAAGGCCGAGAAUGACCUCGGAGAGGCAACUUCAGCAGAAAUGGUUUUCAAACCGAUAAGUGUAGUUAAACUUGACCAGCCCAGUAUUGUAAAAAUUGGAGUGGUGCCUAAAAGGUUUGGUUGCCUACAACUGACAUGGAAAUUAUCCAAGCAACAGGCUUGGUUGCAUCACAACCCUUUCAACUUGGAUAUCCGACUGAAAACUGCUGACAGCAGCCAACCGAUCCUUGUGAGCUAUGUUAAAUCACCCAAAAAGGUGGAAUGCUGCUCUCUCCUUGAUGGGACUCAAUACUUGGCCCAAAUUAGAGUGCAAUGCGAGCAGAGCCCCUGGAGUGAGUGGAGCAGCAGCAAGUCCGGAGUCACCUUGGAGACCGCUCCAACUGGACCCUUAGACUCAUGGAUGAAGGUAUCAAAGAAUAAAGAAAACAAAAACCUCAACAUACAACUGUUCUGGAAGCCAUCAAAACUAUUCAGUGCAAAUGGGCGAAAUCUGUCCUAUGUUGUCUCACAACCAAAACUGCGCAGUAAAAGGAAGAUAAUGUGCUCUACAAGUGAGAAAUGCUGUGCUUUCCAACCUUCUAAGGGUGCAAGGAAAUUUUUUCUGAGCGCUGUGAACAGUGCGGGGAAAUCUCACCCCACUGAAAUCCGAAUUUACCAGCCUCAAGCUCAGAUGGCAAUUAUGGAUGUCACAGCUGUUCCUCAUGCUGACAGAUCAUUUCUGGUCCAGUGGACAGCUGAUAGCAAUUCAGAUCUCAUUGAUUAUGUGGUGGAAUGGAAACCUUUACUAAAUACAGACCUCUGCAAAAUUAAUUUUGAAAUUGUGAAUAAAAGCCAAUGCAGUCUCAUCAUCACUGGCAGCUUUGAGCCCUACAAGCCCUAUGGGAUCUCUGUAUAUCCCAGGUUUAAGGAUGGGAUCGGGCUUCCUCAGACUGUUAAUGCAUACUUGAGACAAGAGGCUCCAUCAGUGGUUCCUGAACUUAAAAUUAAACAGAACUGGAAUUCAGAUAUUGAGAUCUCCUGGGAGGAAAUCCCUUUAGAGCAAAGGAAUGGAUUUAUUAAGGGUUACAAAGUCUUCUACUGGGAAGAAAAUGGACCUGUUAAAGCUGUGAGCGCAGAUGCAGAAGACAGAAGGGUGAUCCUGAAGGACAUCAACCCUGUAUCUCUAUAUGAAGCUUUCAUGAUGGUUAGCACAUUUGGUGGAAGCCUGAAUGGGACAACAAUCAGGUUUAAAUUCACCUCAUCUGAUCAGGCUACUAUUGUGAUCAUUGCAACUGCAUCUGGAACUGGAUUGACAAUACUGAUCCUUUUGCUUCUACUGGCCUGCUUCUCUAAACACAAAACGAUGGAUCGGCGGUUAUGGCCAGUUGUUCCAGAUCCUGCCAACAGCAGCAUCAAGAGAUGGUCGUCAGAAUCUACCCAGUUUUCUCAUCCAUCCUGGGACAACAACGAGCCAAAUCCAAUAUACUUGUCCCAUCUCAGCUUCCUGGACCUUACCACUAAACUCAGCAAAGAACAGGAUGAUAUUUGGUUAAACAGCAAAGAGGAAACCAGUGAUCUUCCAGAGUCUAUUUGUGGCUCAGUGUUCAUGCCUACAUAUUCAAGUUCAAACAGCGAGUCGGUUCAUUAUGCUACCAUGCUUCCUUCGUCUUCAUGCAGCAGCCCGAAACCGAACGAACCUGUCUAUCUGCGCUCUGAAUCCACGCAGCCCCUCCUGGAAGCUGAGGAGUCUUUGACUCCAAGACACUACCAAAAUGUUCCAUCUGAUGGGAUGCCAAAGGAGCAGUGCUUUUUUGGGCCUUGUGAUGAUGAUAUACCUGAAGAGCAGAACAACCAAGGCGUGAUUUGGGAUGAUUUUCCUUUCCUACGAGCUUUAGCCAUGAAUGAGAGGGAACAUAACUGAAGUUAAUGUGCUGGUCACCAGAGUAUGCUUGCAAAAAUGUUGAUGCAUUUUAUGUCUCCCCCUUGUUGUGAUGACAAUGAGCACACCCCGCUUUACCAACAAGUCAGAUUUAAUGUACGUUUGUAAUUUUACUGUGGUGCUUUUUUUCAUUUAUAAAUAUACCUCAUUGUGCAUGCUGCUAGCAAACAAAACCACUGGUGCUUAGUCAGUCUGUGUCUUGAUAAAUGUAUAUUAUCAAGUUUACAAAAACUUUACCAUACAUGAUUGCAGGUUAGGUAACUAUGCUCUUGUAGUCGUUUCCAAUGUCUGAUGAUCAGCAUCUGUUGAAUUUAUUUUAAAUGAUUCUUCUCUUUUCUUUUUGAACAGUGACUAAAAAAAAUAGGCAUGCAUCUCACUUCACAUUUUAACUGGAGGGAAAAAAAUUAUGUUUUUUACUGAUUUAAAUUCCAAAAUCAAUGUAUAUUCAAUAUUUGAAAAAGUGCAUUAUUUCUGUUUAUUUUAUUGGAUUUGCCAAACUCGAAACUUUGACAAUUGUAAUUUUGCAAAGAAAAAAAAAA